AAAGUAACAAUCAUAUUAAAUCCUGCUGCCAGAAAGGGGAAAGCUAAAAAGCUGUUUGAGAAGAAUGCUGCUCCUCUGUUGCAUCUAGCUGGUAUCAAUGUGGAAAUAAUUAAGACUGAAUUUGACGGCCAUGCUAAAGAUUGUGCUGGAGCGUUGGAGUCCACCGACGCAUUGGUGGUUGCUGGUGGAAAUGGUACCGUAGGAGAGGUUAUAACCGGCCUGCUUAGACGAAGUGAUCAACAAUCAGUCAGCAAGAACUGGCCAAUAGGAUUCAUCCCUAUCGGUUUCACGAAUACAUUAGCAAAGUUUCUGUAUUUAGAUUCGGAAUCUGAAGUCAGGUGGAUGUUUAAUGCAGCAAUGGCAAUAAUUAAAGGCAUGACCACACCAGUGGAUGUGAUGUCCAUACAGGAUUCUGAAGGAAGGUCGGUGUAUGGAUUGUCCAAGUUGGAAUGGGGCGAAUACAGAAAUGUACGAGAUAGAAUUCCCAAGUAUUGGUACUUAGGACCACUAAAGUCCAUAUUUGCAUAUGUUUUUGCAACUGUUCAGGAAUGGCCACCUGUAUUUAAAGCUCAUCUUGCAUAUCGUCCACCUGUAGAUGUUCCUGAAGAACCAGAGGUUAAUCAACAGCAGUAUAGUUUCUUUAGUCGCUUGUUCUCUUGGAUUUGGAGAACAGAGCAAAAAGAACCAGAAAUUGAAGAAGUUGAGGAGAUUCCUUGGAAAGAGGUUGAUGUAUCAACGCUUGAGUUCUCUGCUGAAACACAUAAUGAUAAUGUAGAAAAUGCUUUAAAG